GAUUUUUCUCAUCAUAUUCAUUUUCAUCAAACGACUUUCUCUUCAACCUUUCUUCUCACUCUGCUUUUUCUCACUUUUUCUCUCUCUCUUUAGGGCUUUCAAUUUUGGAUUGCAAAUUCAGGUUAAAGAAAACAAAUCUCUCUCUCUCUCUCUCUCUCUUUCUUGGGAAAAUUUGUAGCUUUGUUGCGAAGGAAGCCAUAUACUCUCGCCUCCUCCGCAUUUCUCACAAACUGAUAAAACAGAAAUUGCAACGCUUUUCUGUAAAACGUAAAAAAAAUAAAAAAUUAAACAGAAAAAUAAAACCCUAAAAACCAACUAACAAAUCUAAUCCCCUUCCUUGGCCUUCCUUUCCUUCAAUUCUAUUUGCCCCAAUUUUCCAUCUUUAUCUUUUCCACCACCGCGCCUUGUUUCUUUUUCCCCAAAGCUUCAAGGUUUUCCCGCCGCCGACGACGACUUCUUCAGCGGUCAAGAUCAUCGCUUUCUUGAUCGUGUAAGAGUUCUGGGCAUAAAAAAAAACACAAAAAAAAGUUUCGGAAUUUGGAUUAUCGGACUUCGUUUCGUUCUGGGUCUAUGGCGGAUUUGGGAAAUAAGCUCGAAAUGUCGGAGAAACCCAGGUCGUUCUUCAAUCGGUCGUUUACCAUGUACACGUCCUCCAUGGAUUCUCCCCAGAAGCCGUACGCCCAAUCCCCUGUAGAUCGAGCUGGUUCUUUUAGGAAAUUCUACAAUUCUAUGGAAUCGGUAAAAGGGAAAGUGAAGAAACUAUGCAACAUCUUCGAGACCGCGAAGCCCCCCGCGUUGCCGCCGACCACGGAUGAUGAACCACCGCAAUCCCAACAGCCGACAAGCAAGCUAAAAUCCACGAAAUCGAUGGGCCAUGAAUUACGGUUCUCCAACAUUUGGAACCCAGUAAGCUCGAUGAUUCGUUUGCCCGGUACAGAGGAUCGAAUCGUUGUGUAUUUGACCAGUUUGCGGGGAAUUCGAAGGACUUACGAGGACUGCUACUCGGUAAGGAUGAUAUUCAGAGGGUUUAGGGUUUGGAUUGACGAGCGAGACAUAUCCAUGGAUUCCGCGUAUAAGAAAGAGUUGCAGGGCGUUUUGGGCGAGAAAAAUGUGAGCUUGCCGCAGGUGUUCAUUAAGGGAAAACACGUUGGUGGUGCGGAGGUGGUCAAGCAGCUUUUCGAAACCGGCGAAUUGGCUAAGAUUCUGGAAGGGUUUCCGACUCGGCAGCCUGGGUCUGUGUGUGAGACUUGUGGGGAUGUGAGGUUCACCCCAUGUGGGAAUUGUAGUGGAAGUAGGAAGGUGUUUGAUGAAGAUGAAGGUUUGCUGAAGAGGUGCUUGGAGUGCAAUGAGAACGGGUUGAUUCGUUGCCCAGAUUGCUGUUCUUGAGAGCUAGCUCUAUUGGGCUUUAAAAAAUGCUCUCUUUCGGUGCGUAUUUUUACACGCACAGAUUGUUUAUAAAAUAAUAACUCAAGAAUGGUUUGUGGACUGUUGUGGGAAUGACUAAAAGUUUGGAUUCCAAAUCUCUCUUUGGCUUCGUGGUUUUCUUUUUGUGUCGAUUGUUCAUUGGUUUGGAACUGAUGAUCAUUCAUUCACUAGAAGAGCAUUUUGGAUAAUAGCAUAUGUUAUCAAAAUGCCAACUUGGUUUGGGUUUUUCAAUUGUAUGUCAUACUAAGGAGAGUGGUUUCUCCUCUAUGAUAUUGUAAAUAUUUUAGUUGUAAACUUUUUAUCAUUGCAAAUUAUCUGCGAUGUUGCAAAUGAUGAAAUGUAAUGAGAAUGGGUAUAUAGUAUGCCAAAUUUCUAAGUUCGAA